AUGGAUGACCUUGUUGGACAGCCCAUCUCGAGGAAUACCUCCUUCAAUUGGACAUGGUUCGUCGAACUCGUCACCUGCUCUUGUCUUGCGCUCUUCUUCCUCUUCUACUUCAACCGCCUCUUCGCGACCCUUGUCUCAUACGGCCUGAGAGCCUGGACGUGGCAUAAGUACCGGGUGUGGAUCGACAUACAGUCUCUGCAGUUGUCCUUUCUAGCAGGUAGAAUCUUCUUCAAGGGCAUCCGCUAUCAUGGCGAGAACGAGACUAUAUUGGUCCAGCAUGGCUACAUUACGUGGAGGUACUGGCUACGAACAACCCGUCAGGUCGACCUCACUGCUUUCGACGAUAGUCACCAAGAUGGCUGGGGGGCUGAGAAGCAAGGAUCGGAGUCAGAUGGCUCUAGCCAAUCCAAACCAUCAAUGCCAGACCAAGAGCCGGGACGAGCCAAACAAGCCGGAACUGCAGAGGCUCGGGUUGCGAUCAACAUGUCUGGUUUGGAAUGGUUCGUGUAUAACCGCACACCGCUCUAUGAAGCCAUCGUGAAAGAUGCCCAAGGAGUGCAAGGAGAAAAGGAGAGCCCUCUGGAAACCCACACAACUGGUCACGAGUCUGAAAGCGGUCAUGGGACACUCCAUCACCGUAGGGGGAAGCCGAAUCUAUGGUCCCAGGUUGUCUCUGCCAGCGACAUGUCGGAGACCGGCAGUUCCACGGAGAAGCCGGAGAGAGACCUCGAGCCAGGCGACGAUUUGGCUCCCAUGACAAGAGUCGACACAUACAACAGCGCCGCCUCAAACCCUGGUGGACCUGUAGCCCAUGUGUCUGCCAUCCACUCCCUUCUGAUCCGCAUGCUGCCGGUUGCAGUCGAAUGUUCCAAAGGUGCCAUAUCUCUUGGGAAUGAGAACACUCGAGCGCUUGUUGUCUCGACUUUUGCAUCUGCCAGAGGUCACAUUGACGCCGCGGCUGCUGGACCAUCUGACAUAUACCGACAAGUGUUUGAUUUUGAAAUUGACCGUCCCAAGGUUGAAAUGAAACCAAAUCCCGAGUAUCGUCGAUCGCAGCUGGCUGCGGCGGAAAGGAUUGUCUCUGCGGCAGAGUCGAUAAGAGGGCCACGACGCUGGUGGCUUAUGGAGUUUGACUGGGCUCGUCGCAUAGCCAAGGGUUUCCACGUUUUCAGGCGCCUUCUCCCCGGUGUUGGCAGUUCGGGAGGCUCCAUAAGAACCACUGCCUCUCAAACGGCCGAAAGAAACAUGCAUUACAUGUACGACGACUUCCAGGACGACAAUAGGUCAUGGCAUGGUCUGGGGCGAUAUAUGGACGAGGACGAGCGCGAUGACCACGAAGGCUGGUCUCAUGUGGAGUAUGCCAGGUUCUCACAAAUCCUGGAUUCACCCGCCGUUCAUUUGAACUUUUAUUGGGAUAUUCCCGGUAAGGUCACGGAACAACCCUCUGGCCUGCUCGAGACGCAGGACUAUGAUGAUGUCAACCUGUCCAACCCUCCUGGGUACGGCCUUGAUCUAGCUGUGAAAGGUGGUUACGUCAAUUACGGCCCCUGGGCUGAUCGUCUUCGGAUCGAAAUCCAAAAUACAUUCUUGCCGACGUCGUAUCGCGCUUCAACCCCGGGAGCUGCACUCCACAUGGGCAAUAGGCGUGUCAGCACGGUGAUGACGAUUCGGGUUGAUCUUGAGGAAGAAGUCAUUCUCCGCGUCCCCACUAGGGAGAGAUCAAAAGACUGGCAGUGGAGAGGACGAGCCCAUACCGUGAAAGAGGCGGCUGCCCUGCGCAAGCAACGAGAGAAGAGACACUUCCGCUUUCGGCGAUCGCAGAAGACCCAACUCGGACCUGACGUACGACCAUUCGGCUGGUUGUCUGUAUCAGCUGGGCAAGAUUCUACCGUGCGAUACGACAUGGACAUGGUGGCACGCAAAGACGGUUUCCGAAAUCAUUUGAGUCUCGACCUCCGGGACACCAAGGCCACCUCCAGUGUAAACCACGCCAUGCUUUGGCGUUGUCAGUCCCAGAAGGUCUCGUGUGAUCUAUCCAAUCCAUUGGGUUGGAACGAUCUUCACAGUUGGGCCUUCGACAUCGAGAACAACGCCAUGGAGAUGUUCCUUCUUAGGGAUCACAUGUUCUUGCUUACCGACCUCAUAGCCGACUUUACCGCUGGACAAAAGCCCGACUACAUGACCUUUGUCCCCUUUCUCUAUCGACUGCAUUUGAAAUUUCCCGACUUGAAACUCUAUCUCAACGCGAACGAUUACAAUAUCAUCGACAGCCCUUGCGACCUGGAGGAAAACGUGUUUCUCAUCCUAGGUUUUCAACAGCUGGACGGUGACGUUGAGAUACCUAUGCAGUACUUCUCCCCCCGCCAAAGCAGCGUCAACUUUCUUGCGGAAGGCCACAAUGCCUCACUUCAGUUGAUUACGCCUGUUUGGAACACUCUGAAUACCCUCGCCGAGGAUUCGAUGAUGGCUACUCUCAAACAGCUCAACCUGGAAGGGUCUUACAACUACUACACCGCCAUCGCGCCGAACUUGACGGAUUCACUUUUCAUGACUAUUACUGGCUAUGCUCCCAAGUUCAACCUGCAGGGCUUCCUGAUCCGCUAUUUUAUGAACGUCAAGGAAAACUACUUUGGCGACCACUUGCACUUCAGAACAUUGGAGGAGUAUCAGAACAUACUUGCAGGCAAUGAGGACCCUGGGCCACGUCUGCCAGUUAAGAAAGAAAAUGACCUUGAUGUCAUUUUGACGGUGCGGGCAGACAGUUCUGCCGUGCUUAUGCCGGCCAACAUCUAUUCGCAGAGGGAGAAUCUCCGCGUCGAUGUUCUUCUCGUGGAGGCAGAUAUGCGAUUCACCAAUUAUUACAUGGAUUUGCAGGUCAGCUCAAGUCCUCUGGAAGCCUCUCUGGAGUCCUUGUCCAAAACGGACUCCGGUACGAUAAGUGAUAUCACGAACUGCCAAUUAUUCAUCGACGGCGUCGCAGUGUACGGGCACCGUCUCUUUGGUGCUCCGCCAACGGAGCCAACCUACGUCUGCAAUUGGGAUUUCAACAUAGGAGAAGUGACCGGCGAGUGCUCCUCCAAGUUUGUACAGACCCUUAUACGCUCAAUCACGGCAUUCAUGUUUACCUUGGAUGAUGACGAGAAUUCCUUGCCCCCCUUCGACAAGUCUGUUAUUCACGACGUGAUUUUCUUGAGGGCCAAUGUGGCCGGCUUGCGCCUAUGGCUGGUCACUGAUGGAGCGGCCUUUCUGCUUGAGCUUUCCACGGCAGAAAUCUCACUUGGGGAUUGGGCCGACUCCAACUUUGCGAAGAGAAUGCGAGUCAACAUUCCUCAAGUUCUGCUAGCAGCGGUGGACUACAAAUCUGCUCUCCGCUGUCACGAGCGUGGGUCAACCUCUGUGGACACAUUCGCCUGCUUUCAAGCUUCUUUUAGGCUCGGUAUGCUUGACAAGACAGAUGAUCUCUCCCAGACUCGGGCCCUACAGCAACAGCACAUUCUCUAUCACGAUCAACGAACGCAUAGAGCGGAAUUUCUUUUGCGACCCCAGAAACAGUAUCCGCCGAACCACAGGAAGCCCGAAUGGGCCCGCGAACCGCCAUCGAUGCCAUUACCGGUUAUGCCCGAACCUGUUGGCAGAGUUGAAAAGAUGUCCUUCUCUGAAGCCAGACAGCGGAAAGUUAGCAAGCGCGCUCCCCACCGCCCCAGCUCUUUUAUAUCGAGCUCUUCGUCUCUGUCCAAAAGUGCACCCUCCGCAGCGAACCACACUGUCGAGCUACCGAACUCGUCGCUUGGCAAACAUGACACCGAAUCAGCAACUCAAAAGACGUACCUGGCACCUCCCUUUGUCCAUUCCGACAGCCGUUCCAGCAGCCGCGGACGAAGAGACCACUCUCAAGAUCCGGACUCGCACCCAGCGAUGGUGACCUUUGCUAGUCCCUGGGCCGCUCCACACUUCACUCUACAUGAGGUCCAACCCAAUUUUGCAAAUAUGCCGGAAAUUCCUUACAUGCCACCCCCCGACGAUCCUUCCAUGGUGCCACCCACCGGUAAUGACCCCUAUAUGCCGGGGGCCGAAUUUAAGAACACCCCUCACAAUGGCUUUCUUUGCACGCUCGACAAUGGUCUGGUUGGCUUUUGUACCCCUGAACUGCUCCUGUCUAUUGGACAGCUGAUUCGCGAACUGAACGUGGAGCACGCGAUUGAUCAAUUGGAUAAAUUGCAAAUCGCCGUGACGGAGCGAAUAUUGGAAAAUCAGCGGCAUGACAGACAAGGUCAUGUCAUGGACUUCGCAGUCGAGAUGCCGUUUGCGCAUGUGAGGUUGGUUAACAACCUGCCAAAUGGCAGUUCCGACACGAAUGCGCCUUCAGAAGACCAGUAUGAUGUGAAAAUUGCGCGCAGCCGCGUCAUGUAUCGAGCAUUGCACCCCAAGAGGGAGACGCGAUCCGGGGUUGAGCCUCAAGGCCACCUGGCAUACGGUUCGAUUGACAGCGUCAGUUUAUCUGUCAGUGAUACUACAUCGUCUCCUGGGAAAGGAGCCGCCCAUGCUCGGUUAUCUCUGGAACAAAUUGGCUUCUGGUUAUCCUUGAAGGAAGAGAUGAGCUCGAGGUUGCAGUUGAGCAAUUUGGACGUUGUCCUCUGGGCUCCGCAGCUGACGUAUAUGGCCAGCCUCAUACAAAGGACUUACUCGAUGGUUGAUCGCAUCGCCGCUGCUUUUGUGGGCCUUGAUCAGAGCGCCCAAACACGACACCUCAUUUACCACUUGACUCAACGCGGCUCAUCGGUGCCUGAUCCUAUCUUCCUCAUGAGACCUUCUUACGUCCUCAGAAGCGCUGACAAACAUGUUCGUCUGACGGAUUCCUGGAAGAUCAUGUCGAGACUUCGAUACAUAUUCUCCACAAUUGAGAGAUUGAACGGCACCGAGGUUUUUGACAAAUGCAGCUGUAAGGACAUUGAACUAACGGAUCCUGCCCGCAAAGAAGUGCUCUCCUCCUUCCAGCAGUGGCGAGGCUGGGAUUAUGCACGUGAUCAAGUUCCGAUCAUGAGUUCUCUGUUCAACAGUCCUAUCGCUGGAACAUCAGAAAGACUCGAAAGCAGCAUACUUGUGCGGUCGGAGAUUCUCGUUGGGAAGGUUGGUGUGAUAUUGGAUCCCGGUCCUCGACAAACUGACCUUGCACUCUUGGGUCUGGACCUUAACCUCUUCAUGCAACCUGCCAUGGAUGAUAUUGCAGCGGACAAGAUGGGUCAAAGAGUCAUUAUUCAGGCUUAUCUCGCGGACACCUCCUUACAUCUGAACUGGGCUCUAGUACGACUGAUCCGGCAGAUUGUGGAACUGGGCAACCCACUAGCAGUUAGGAAUAAGAUAAGUGGACAGGCGAAGACCGCCAGGACCUCCGACCAAGCGACAAGAAAACAGUUCACCGUCGUUGUGGGGAGUGACGCGGCAUCCGUCUUCCUUACAACGAUCAAUCUCAAACUGAAAUGGGGUGCUGAAAGCUUUCGAAGCGCAGUUUCCUUUGACACAGGAGACCUGGGGCCAACAAUUUCUUCUUUCACAGUGGCUGCGAACACUGCCAUGGCAAGAUUCAAAAGCCACUCACAUACUCUCCUCACGUGGCGGCUUCGCCUUCCAAAGUUUUAUGGUUCCGUUUGGCCCCAAUCUACUGCAAGUCCUCAUGAGCAGAAGACAGUGGUACAAAUCUGUGCAGCAUCGCACAAAUAUCGGUUCGAAAUGAAGGAAGACGCGGUGAUGCUCCUCGAGGUCGUCGAUUCGGUGCUCCAGGACGAGGCGCGUGAGAUCAUGACCCUAGUGGAUGAGAUGCCUGGCAUGGAGCGUGAACAAGAUGUACACGGCCGUACAACCGAGAAAAAGUUGGAUCUCGCCCUCCAUGUCGCCAUGUUUUUAGACGAUUACAGGUUGACAUUUGCGGUCGUCCCGUCCCUUCGCUAUACCAUUGCUGGUCUUGUUGCGAGGACUUCCGUGUUGCCACGAGCAGACGGCGCACAUGACAUUCACUUUGACAUCAAAGAGCAUGAACAUUCAUUCGAGGCACCCACGAAAACUCCCGAAGGCAACCUGUCGAUUUUGAAAAUGCCGGCUAUCAAUGGCGGACUCUCUGUACGCAAAACUGCCAGUGUCAUCGCUGUCCGUGCUCGUGCCACAGUGGAGGAGAUCAACCUUGAGGCUCGCGGGAUCCGAGCGUGUUUUGAAGCAUUGAACCAACCCGGAGUUAUACAGAUCAUACCGGAAGUCAAAAGAGCCAUUCAAGAAGUGCAGACCUCCAUCGACCAAGUGGCUGGGAGUAUGUCCAAGGUCCAGAAAGUGGACGCAAAUGAAAACACACUCUUACUACGUUUCGCAGUCCACAGUACGCUUGCCGGCAUCAAAGUCCAUAUGAGCGCCCCUGCUGUUCAGGAGGAUAAAGAUUACUGUGCAGAGAUGGAGCUCAAGCUCGAGGGGACAUCAGUCUUCAUCCACAACGAAACAGAUGAUCCUGAAUCUAUACACAAGCAGCCACAGUUCAUUAUCGACUCCCAGGGAGUCGGCCUAGCUGUGUAUCGCAGAACGAAACGGGAUCGAGUGAAUGCCGGUAGGUGCCUCGUACACCUCAAAGCCUCGGGCAAGACGGAGAGCGACGGCAAAGCCGGCAGGGUACACGUUUACCGGACGUGGAGUGACGGGAUUGCGGUCGAUCUGUUUGAAGAUACUGCCACGCUCGCGGUCGAUAUCCUGGCAUUCAUACAAGAUCGUAUCACGUCCAUCAAGCUCGCCGACGAUGCAAAUAAUAUUCGGCAGCUCCGAAGAAUGACCACUGCUGGGCUCACGGAACGAUUGAAGCCAAAGGAGCAAUCAGACGCAGCCCCGGAUACCGCCUCGGCUCAUCGAACUUCUUCGCCUGCUCUCUACGAUUCCACCUAUGCGGUCGAUCUUGAGAACAUUUAUCUGCGCUGGAAUAUGACGGGAGACACUGCACACUUACCAGCCAGGCAGGUCCAAGAUCUGGUGUUUUCUGUUCGGAAAGUCGAUCUCAAAACCCGGCAAGAGGGAACUGCCCGCCUUUCGAUUCGCGAUACGCAACUACAGAUCGUCCCUAAGUCUCAAUUUGAUUUUCCAACUCGGCGAACUGCAAAUUCAGCUUUACUUCCCGAGAUUAUCUUUGGAGCUGCUUAUUUGUCGACCAAGCAUGACCGGCGGCUCGCGUUUCAUGCCAAAGGGAAGGCGCUAGACCUUCGGCUUGCCUCCGAUUUUGUCAUCCCAGCUCAUGCCUUGCAAAUGUCCCUCGCCAACACCAGCAAAGAAUUGCGGAAUGCAAAGUCAAUCUGCGAGACGAGUCCGCAGACCCCUAAUCUGGGACGAGUAAGCUUUUUGGGGGAGAAACGCCUGGCUUCUCUUUUGGUUGAUGCCGACUUUGCUGGAGCCGUAGUGCACAUUUCUCCUCGGGCGGAAGUGCGUCAGCCGAAUUCGGUAUUCUCAUUCUUGAAAGGUGAGAAACGAUCCCGUGCAGGACGAUAUGGGCAAGCCGUGCAAGGAGAGAAUGCGUCUUCAGCAGUUCUACAGUCGCCUGGAGUGGCUCUGAAAGUCGAGUACAAUGACAAUGGCCUCGAGGAUCCCUCACUCAGUACCGAGGUCAAGGUCGCAGCCUCAUCGAAUACUCUGUACCCAACAGUCGUACCUUUGAUCCGCGAGAUCUCGUCCAGCAUUAGAGAAAUCUUUGGCGACAGGAAACCUGGAGACGAGCAGUCUACGUCUCAAGGAGAAACAACCGCCGCUCCUGCGAAUGUCACAGGAGCCAGCGCCGAUCCGACAGCCAUCUUGGGGCGGUGCAAGUUGAAUGCUGGACUCUACAUUCAGCGACAAGAAUUUAGUCUUAGCUGCCAACCUAUUGCAAGGGUUGCAGCAACGGCAAGGUUCGCAGAUGUCUUUGUUACUGCCAACACCGUCUCUGCACCCGAUCAAGAACGAUUCUUCGCGAUUCUGACAACGUUCAACAAACUCGAGGCGUCGGUCCAACACGUGUACUCGCGCGAGUCGACUGCCACCUUCGAAGUAGAUACAAUCACCAUGUCCCUGAUGAACAGUAAGCAUGUGAGUGCCGCCACAGGCAUCUCAGCAGUCCUUAACAUCAGCCCUAUGAAGAGCGAUAUCAACGCCAAGCAGGUGCAGGAUUUCCUUCUUUUCCGGGAGAUCUGGUACCCUGCUGAGCUACGCCGAGAAUCUAAACCUAGUGCUCCCGCGGCAACCACACAGGAACAGCAGGCAUACGCAAUGCAGCGUUUCCAGGAGCUUUCUGGCAAAGGCACUUUGCCCUGGCACAUCAUUGUUUCUGUGCAGGAGGUCAAGCUCCAGGUCGAUCUUGGACAGGGGCUGGGAAAAACAGUCUUUACGGUCACCCAGCUCUGGGCCUCGUCCAAGAAAGAUGAUGAUUCCGAGCAGAAUUUAUGCAUUGGACUCGACAAGGUCGGUGUUGAUAGCGUGGGAAGGAUGAGUGGAUUUGUCGAGCUGGAGAACCUGCGCGCCCGCACAUCGAUACGUUGGCCGCAAGAGUCGACUGCGAAGAAUCGUGCCCCGCUCGUCCUAGCAUCCAUCGGGUUUGAACAUUUGCGAGUCAAGGCGGCAUUCGACUAUCAACCGUUUGCCGUCGCCGACAUCUCUUCCUUCGAAUUUUUGAUGUACAACGUGCGGCAAGGCAAAGGUAUCGAAAGUGAUCGGCUUGUGGGACUGGUCGACGGCGGCAAGGUUCAGGUGUUCUGCACUACGGCCACUGCAGCACAAGCACUUGCCUUGGUGCAGGCAUUUGAAAGGCUGGUGCAGGAGAAGCAAGAAGCGUACGAAACAUCCCUACAUGAUUUGGACAAAUUCCUGCGGCGAAAAUCCGUCUUUCCCUCGGGGAGCUGGACCGCGUCUGUCCCCGAGGCCGCACCCAAACCAACGUCCGCGAGCAAAGGCACCUUUGGUUUGCAUACGGAUGUUGUCGUCACGCUUCAAGCCGUUGAUCUUGGUGCCUUUCCCAACACAUUCUUUGACACUCAGAUUCUGAAAGUCGAGGCGACCGAGAUCCAGGCACGGUUUGCCGUGGCAACGACUGAGGGCAAAACUCACAGCGGGUUGGGGAUGACGCUUGGGCAGCUCAGGGUGGCGCUUUCGAGCGUCAACCGGGCUACAACCAAGGCAUUAAGCGAGGUGUCAGUGCCUGAUGUGAUUGAGAGGGCAACGACAGCACGCGGAGGCACGAUUGUCAAGGUUCCGCGGCUAGUGUCGUCGAUGGAGACAUGGCAGCGGCCGGAUUCGAACGUGAUUGAGUACAUCUUCAAGAGCGUCUUCGAAGGCAAGGUUGAUGUGGGAUGGAACUAUGCACGCAUCAGCUUUAUCCGUGGUAUGUGGCAAACUCACUCGCGGGCUCUGGCACAACGACUGGGCAAGCCGCUACCGCCGUCAGUUGUCAAGAUCACUGCAGAACCACAAGGUGACGGAGAGAACGGUGGGCGGGAGAAGAUUACUGCGGUGGUUAACGUGCCCCAGUCCAAAUUCACCUACGUGCCACUGGAACCUCCGAUCAUCGACACACCUCAGCUGCGCGAUAUGGGCGAGGCCACGCCGCCAUUGGAAUGGAUCGGACUGCAAAGAGACAAGCUCCCUGAAGCGACGCAUUCCGUGGCGAUUGUGUCACUGUUGGAGAUCGCACGGGAGGUGGAGGAUGCAUACGCAAAGAUCCUCGGAGCAAGUUAG